GGGCGGGGCGUGGGAGAGCACGCGCAGUAGGUUCGGGGCUGCGGCGUGUGGGCGGGGCGGGGAGAACGGAGCAUGCGCAGUGGCUCCGGGUCGUCCGCCGGCGGAGUGAGCGCGGGCUGCGCAGCGAGGCGCCCAGAACCUUCGCGAGGUUUCCCGCCGCCGCCUGAGGUAAACGUCCGUGUGAAGCAGGCGGCGCCGGCGCGUCCUGUCCUGCCCUCCCGCCGCCCCAGCAUGGCUCCCACCGGCUCGUCCGCCUCCCCCGAGGAGCUGAAGGCCGGCAUCAAGCGGCUGAUCGACUCGCAUCUGGUGGUGGUGUUCAGCAAGAGCUUCUGCCCGUACUGCAAGAAGGUUAAAGAACUGUUUGCAAGCCUGAGCGUUGAUAUUCAUACUGUGGAACUAGACUUGAUGGAGGGGGGAGUUGAUAUGCAGAACAUGUUGCAUGAAAUGACUGGCCAGAAGACUGUUCCCAAUGUAUUUGUUAAUAAGGCUCAUUUGGGUGGCUGUGACAGCACCAUGCAGGCUUUUGAUGAUGGCUUGUUGAAGAGACUCUUGGAUGGGGGUGAAAUGUAUGAAUAUGACCUCAUAGUUAUAGGUGGUGGUUCCGGAGGACUUGCAGCUUCAAAGGAGGCUGCUAACCUUGGAAGGAAAGUCUUGGUGUUUGAUUAUGUUGUGCCAACGCCUAUGGGAACUUCCUGGGGACUUGGAGGUACCUGUGUAAAUGUAGGUUGCAUUCCAAAGAAGUUGAUGCACCAGGCUGCUCUUCUAGGUCAGGGCUUAAAGGAUUCCCGCAAAUUUGGCUGGGAGUUUGGAGAUGCAGUUCAGCACAACUGGACCAAGAUGAAAGAAGCAAUCCAGAAUUAUAUUGGCUCUUUGAACUGGGGCUACAGAGUGGCUUUACGGGAUAAGAAAGUAACUUAUCAUAACUCCUUUGCCGAGUUUGUGGAACCACAUAAGAUAAAGGCAACCAGCAAGCGGGGCAAAGUGACCUUCCAUUCAGCAGAAAGAUUCAUCAUUGCAACAGGCGAAAGACCUCGUUAUUUAAAUAUACCGGGAGAUAAAGAAUACUGCAUAACCAGUGAUGAUCUCUUUUCACUGCCUUACUGCCCAGGGAAGACUCUGGUUGUAGGUGCUUCCUAUGUUGCACUGGAAUGUGCAGGAUUCCUUGCUGGCUUGGGAUUGGACGUGACUGUUAUGGUGCGCUCAAUUCUCCUGCGAGGAUUUGACCAGGAAAUGGCGGGGAAAGUAGGAGAGCACAUGGAAGCUCACGGGGUGAAAUUUCUCAAGAGAUUUGUGCCGAUUAAGGUUGAACAGCUGGAGGCUGGAACCCCUGGGAGGCUCAAAGUAACUGCAAAGUCCACAACAAGUACAGAAGUCAUUACUGGAGAAUACAAUACUGUGUUAAUUGCUGUGGGCCGUGAUGCUUGCACGAAACACCUUGGCCUGGAGAAAGUUGGUGUUGUUCUCAAUGAAAAAAAUGGGAAAAUCUUGGUGGACAAUGAAGAGAAGUCCAAUGUGCCAUAUAUUUAUGGUAUAGGAGAUGUUAUUGAUGGCAAGUUGGAACUCACCCCUGUUGCUAUUCAAGCUGGGAAGUUGCUGGCACGCCGACUUUACUCAGGUUCUACCGUGAAGUGUGACUAUGUCAAUGUGUGUACCACAGUCUUUACACCUUUAGAGUAUGGAUGUUGUGGGCUAUCUGAGGAAAACGCAAAAGCACUUUAUGGAGAGGAACACGUAGAGGUGUAUCAUAGCAUAUUCUGGCCAUUGGAAUGGGUCUUACCUGGAAGAGAUAAGAAUGGUUGUUAUGGCAAGGUGAUUUGCUCGAAGCUGGAUAAUAAUAGGGUGGUGGGAUUCCAUGUUCUCGGUCCGAAUGCUGGUGAAAUCACUCAAGGGUUUGGUGCCGCGAUGAAGUGUGGCAUGACCAAAGAACAGCUGAACAGUGUCAUUGGCAUUCAUCCGACCUGUGCUGAAGUAUUCACGACUAUGGAAAUAACAAAACGAUCAGGUGUGGACAUUACCAAGAAAGGAGGCUGCUGAGGUUAAACCCUGCUGUUGUAAUGCUGCUGCCUUGUGUGCAUUGUUACUGCUGUGAGGCUUGCUCAACUUGCAUCUUGCUUCCACUCAGGUAAAACUAACACAAACUGCAGCAGGAACAAGCAAACAACAAAGCCCCAUGAAAUAACCUUCCUUGCUGCAGUGCCUCGAGUUGUGUCGCAGCAGAGGAUCACUGAUGUAUGUGGGGCAUGCAGCACAACAGUGGGGUAAACCUCGGUUUGAACUUUAUCGCCAGACCUGCUUGGAAGGGCAUUGACUAAUAAAUUGUGCCUCCUUGAAGUUUUGGCCUGGAACCUGAUACAAGGUGGGCCAUGAUGGAUGACUUGCGAGCAAAGUCUGGAAUUUCUACGUCCACUCAGAUGAUUGCGCUUCCUUUUCUGUAGUGAGAUUUUAGUCUUGUGGAACAGCCUAAAGUCUCCUUGUAUUACUGUUUAUUGUUUCUUAAAUGUAUGUUGGGCUGCUGAUGGGGAUGAAAUUACUGUUUUUCUUUGUAUGGUGUAGGUAACUAGCAUCAUUGUACUCAUUGCAAGUUUUUUUUAAAAUCAAGAAUUUGUAAAGGAAUAUGCCAUGUUUGAUUAUUAAACACUCAGCAAUAUUGACCUUUUAUCAAAAAGUACACUGAUUAUGGUUCGGGAAGCAUAUGUUUGAUUAUUUUUUUUAAUGUGAGGAGCUGCCCUGUUUUAUAACUGUCUAUACUUUGUAAUCUUAGCAAAGUCCAAUAGGAGUAAGCAACCUCUGACCAAACUUGUAAGUGCUCUUUUAAAAAUGAGUCAGAAUGUGUGAGUCUAGUAAAUUCUUUUUACAGAUAAUUGUAUUCAAAACUUGUGUUUCUGCAGUAGAAUUGAAAGUUUCCAUAAAGGUUCACGUCUUGACCUUUUUUUGCCUUGUCCUUUUGUUAUUUGAAGAAGUGCUGAACUGUAAGUCACAAACUGUUUCGUUCUGUCUGUAGCUCUUGCUGUUGAUUCAUAAAUUAUUUUUGUUUUGGAGCCAGGCACUUUUAGCCAUCUGCGUUGCUCUACUCCUUAUUGUAACCUGUUGAAAUGGCCUCUUGUUUAUCCAGCAUCAUUUCCAGAUGCUUUGAUUUACUUGUCUUUCUGCUCAUUUUUAAUUUGGAACAUUUGCAUACUCUGGUCAGAUUGAAUGCGUGCACUAUCAUAUUUUAUUGUGGCCUUGUAUGUUUUGGGUAAGCACACAGGUGCUUGGAUUUUCAUUGGAAUGAUAACCUAUUUGCAUUUAUUUAUCACUGGUGCCUGUCUGAUCAGAAUUUGUUUUGUCAACAUUUGAUGUAUUCCACCUGUAAGCAGCACUAACUGGAACAUUUCUAUUGAGAACAAUGUUUGUUAUCCAAAAUGCAUUUAAUAAAAUCUAUAUCAAA